AUGGAGACCCACAUGAAAGUGAGGGUUUCGCGGCGCCAAGGGGCUGAAGCUCCCAAUCAAACCGGUCGAAGAACUUGCUGGUGCCGAGAGGAUCCACGACCCGUCGGUGUAAAUAUCGGACAGGGAAAGCGAUGGGAGGAGGUGGUUGGUGGAGCUGGGUUCGCCGGAAUUUGGUGUGCAGCGAACCGGUGCCUUCUCUUGAAUCUGUUUAUUUUCUUCGGCUUGGGUUUUGUUGGGCUGUUCGAUUUUUCCUCAAAUUGCAGGCGUUGCUUACUAAUUUGGGUCUUGAUGGUUGAAGAAUUCAGAGUUAAGAAGAUGGUUGAAGAUGUUAGAGUUGACAACAUGGUUGAAGAUGGUGGAGUAAAGAUGGUUGAAUUUGAUCAUAGGAAUGAAGAUAAAGCUUCGGGAUUGAGUAGGGGUGAAGAUGAUGAACUGGAGAAGGGUGAAGAUGAUCAAGAUUAUGAUUUUUAAACUCGUGUUAAACUCUUGAUUUGGACUCAAGAUUGAUUCAUGAAGCAUUUUGCAGUUUCUUCCAUUAAUGAUUAACCCCAUGCUGCUUCCAUUUUUUUUUUGUCGCAGCAGCUUCACAAGUGAACUGCCCAAGAUUCCAAGAAUGGCAUGCUGUUGUCAAUGUGCAGCAACCCCUAUGGGAACACGUCUCAAGAAUGGCCAUGCUGCUCAAGAAUUCUUUUGUCUAGCAAGUUGCAUCAACUUUUAUAUA